UUGAAAAAACUAAUAAGUUAGAAGAACAGUUAAAUAAGAUAGAAAAUUUAGAAGGAAAAUUAGAAAAAGCUACUUCUAAAAUAGAAGAAGCCAUUAAAGAAAUAAAGGCUAUUUCAGAACAACUAUGAGUGAAGAUAAAGAAAGAAUAUCAGAAAAAGUUGAAAGACUUUUAAAAGAGUUUACAGAAUUAAAAGAAAUAGUUUUAAAACAAGAAAGGUACUUUAUAAACUUAGAAAGAAUAGGUUUUGAAAACAGUAUAAAUUCAGAAUUAGAAUAUGGGAAAGCAGAACCUCAUCCUAGUUAUUCUACAUGGAAUAGAAAACAAACAGAGAGUCAUCCGUGUUAUCAAACAUUAGGAGGACCAUUUCCACAUUUGUAUCACACACAAAAUCCACAGUUAAACAAUAUAACAGAUAUGUUAGCACAGAUAAUAGAUUGUACUUGUUAUAAAAAAGAAGAAAAACAAGAGAAAAAAGAACUUUCAGAAAAAGAAAGAAAGAAAAAAGAAUUGGAAGAUCAGUUAAAAGAUUUACAAGAUAAAAUGAAACAGUUAGAAGAACCAGAAGUUCAACCUUCAAAAGAUAAAGAAAAACACUCUCAAUGUUUAACAAUAGAAGAUUUAGAUAGAUAUUUCAAGAAUUUAUCUCCAGAAGAUAGAGAAGAAAGAAAAUACAGAAGAUUCAGAUUUCUUUAGAAUGAAUUCCGAUAUGGAAUCAGUAAUUACAGAACUAAGAGAUUUAAUAUCUCAGAUGAGAAUUAUAGAUCAAGAAGAAGAACACCAGGUAAAGAAAAUAGAAAUAGAUAAAAAUGAAAUUAUAUAUGAAUAUGAUACAGAUGAAGAAAAUGAAGAAAGAGAGUAUCCAAUAAAAGAAGAAGAAGGAGAAACUUCUAAUAAAAGAAAAAGAAGAGAUUUUAAUUAUAAUAUAGAUGAAUACAUGAGGCAACAAGGAUAUAGCCAAAAGCCAGAUAGAGAAUGGAAGAGAUACAAUAGAAAAGAAUCAGCUUUUACUCCAAAAGUUCUACCAUCUACAGAUAUGUUAAAAUUAGAUUGUGCAAAGAAUAAAGAGCAAUUAAUACUAGAUUGGAUUAAUAGGACAGGGUUAACAACAGAAUUAGACGGAGAUAUUCAGAAGUUAACAGCAAUAGAAUAUUUGCGUUUCUUACAGUAUAAAACUUCAGGGAUAGUAUUUGAAUUUUUUAUAGAAUUUAUGGAUAAUCAACAGAAAAACAGUUUUCCAAUAAUAGAGAUAGCUAGAAUAAAUAUUGAACAAAGAAAAACAGAUUCAACAACAUUAAAUAGAGAAUUGUUAAAAUUAAUGACAAAAGAAUUAAUGCAGCAAUUUAUAGGAAUAUCAGACUCAACAGAAUCAGCAAAUAAGAUUUUAGAAGAAGCAAAAUGGAAGUUAAAUAACAUACAGUUAUGUGAUUUGUGUUAUUUUCAUGAGUUUGUAUGUCAAUAUGAGAAAUAUUAUUACAGUCUCAACAGUUCAGAUUAUGAUGCAUACAUAGAAUUGUUUAUCAAUAAGAUUCCUUAUCCAGUGAAUGUUAUAAUAAAGGAAAAGUAUCAAGCUGGUAUAAGAGAGAACUCAACUCCAAAAACCUUGGGGGGGGUUAUAAGAAUUGUAGAUCAGUAUAUAGCAGAACAAUGUUUACAACAGACUAUGAAAAAACAGACUUAUAGCGCAGUUAAAUGUUGCAAUAAGUAUGAAAAUAUAGUUCCACUAACCUUUGGUUGCAGGACAGAAAGAAAGCAAUUUAAGAAAAAUAGACAGUAUAAGAAAUUUCCUAAAUGGAAAAAGAGAAGGUUUUAUAAACCUUGGAAGCAGAAAUAUAGGAAUAAGUACUUUCAGAAGAAGCAGACUAGAAAACAGAAGUAUUGUCCGAAAGGAAAAAAGACAUGUAAGUGUUGGUUAUGCCAAGAAGAAGGACAUUAUGCCAAUAAUUGUCCUAGAAAACAACAACAGUCAAAAGAAAAAGUCAGAAUGUUAGAAUUACUCAGUGAGUAUGAGUUAGAACCCAUAGAAGACAUGAAUCCAGAAAUUUCAGAAGUCUACGAGCUUCUAGAAACAUCCUCAGAAGAGUCUUCAUCAGAUGAAUCAGAUCUAUAA